UUCCACGCUUGGUCGUUUGCUCUGCCGUGCCGGCGGAGGGCGCUGUGUGUGAGACACACGCAGAAGAAGAGCUGUGUUUCCCCUGUCUUUCACAGACACAUGACACAAAUGCACAAGCUUCAUUUUUAAGUGCUAAGUGCCCCGUAAAAGUGACAGAAUGAUCCGUUUGAACAUUCUGCGUAUGUUUUGUAGGAGUCGGACAUUGCUGCAGCCUGACUCUUCUUUGAGGGAGAAAGUUAGUUUUUCCAGAGCUUUUACAUGUGCAUGUUGUGCAUCCAAAAAGGACAACAGCUGCUCCAUCGGGAAUCUCCAACAGCGGUUUGUCCUUCAGGACCUUAGUGCCAAACGGGAAGUGGGUGUUCGAUAUAUGUGUACAACUCAAGUUUUUUUUAAUUGCUGGAACUGUAAAGAACUUCUAAAGCAAAAACCUGCAUUUUUCUGUAAGUCUUGUCAAGUAGUCCAACCUCCAUAUGAAGGCACAUCCUACUUUAACAUCAUGGAGAGUGAUUGCACAUUUACACUGGACACACAGAAGCUACAGAAGAAGUAUUUGCAGCUUCAGCGAUUACUGCAUCCAGACAACUUCAGCCAGAAGUCAGAGAGAGAGCAGGAAUAUUCAGAGAGCCAGUCUGCUUUGGUGAACAAAGCAUAUGAAACUCUGCUUAAACCUUUGAGUCGAGGUCUCUAUAUGCUGGAGUUGCAGGGGCUGAAUAUCGAGGAAGGCACAGAUUCUGCUGUCAAUUCUGAGCUUCUAAUGGAGUUGAUGGAGAUCAAUGAAGCCCUUGAUGCAGUACAGACACCACAGGAAGCUAAUGAGAUCGGCCAAGACACAAAAGGUACAGGGAAAUUGGCAGACUUGACAGAGCAGAUAGACACUGCCCUCAAUAAAGGAGAGCUUCAAACUGCCAAAGCGCUGCUCACAAAAAUGAAGUACUUUGCAAACAUCGAAGAGAAAGUAAAAGAAAAACUUUCUAGUUUUAUGUAAAUGUACCUGUCUUUGUGCCACCUCAUAUUUAUAGCCACUUUUAAACUAUUGUACAGGAAAGUUUAUCCUAUUUUGUUAUUAUGUAAAUGUUUUAUCAUGAAUUAAUAAUAAAGCUUUAUGUGAUUCACAAA